AGGAAGCAAAACAAAAUUCAAAAUUUCGACCGUUAACAUAAAAACCACCACCCCAAGAAAGAUCUAUCUCUCCUCCGGGCAGAAGAGAAGCGUUUCCUCCUUCCAUCGGACAAACCCUUGAGAGAAAAUAUGGCUAGAGAAGAAAAGAAUAGUCCGCAAAUUCGGAAUGGCCCAACAAAACGGUCGGCGACGGUGGAAGAUGGGGGAGAUGCUGACAACGUUUUCAGCCCUGGGUUCCGAUCUGUUGCCGCCAUGGCCGGUUGGGACGAAGAAGCUAUUCUUCUCGCAACUCAAGUCGUAGAAGAUACUCCCGAUAGAGAAUCAAAGGAGAAGAAACGAGCCCAUCUCCAGUUCAAGAGCCCUAGAACCAGUUCAAGAAGGCAAACAACUACAACAACAUCUACCCUUUCUCAUAAGCGCAGAUCUAAGAAACGAAGCACUGGUUCAAUUCCGAUUGGUGUUCUUAACCUAGACGAUGAAGAGACUGCUGGAGAAGAACACACCAAAAAGACGAUGGAAUUGAAAACUGAUGUGAUCGAGGAAAAGAAAGAAAAGGAAGGUGGAGUGGCUUUGCCUGUCGAGGCUUCCGAUAGCUCUUGUUCUGGUUCGGCUCUUCCUUGUAUGGAUCGACUGAGGGAGGAGCUUUCUUGCGCGAUUUGUCUGGAGAUUUGCUUCGAACCAAGUACCACUCCUUGUGGACACAGCUUUUGUAAGAAAUGCCUGAAAUCUGCUGCUGAUAAAUGUGGGAAGAAAUGCCCAAAGUGUAGACAGCUAGUCAGCAAUGGGCGAUCAUGCACAGUGAACACGGUUCUUUGGAAUACAAUUCAACUUCUGUUUCCACAAGAGGUUGAAGCAAGGAAGGCAGCAGGGGCCCUAAAUAAUCGUGAAAUGGCACGUCAAAGCCCUAAAAGAGGGAGUCAUGACUCUCGGUAUAUUGCAGUUUCUAGCAGAAGAGAGUCAAGGGACAGAGAUGUUUCUGCAAGAAGAAUAAGGGAAGUGCCCAGUCAGGUAGAGGAUGCUGCAUUGGCUUUUAGGUUGCAGAGGGAAGAAUUCAUGGGAGCCUUUAGGGAGACGACGCAUGGGCAACCAAGGAACUCUUUAGCAUCAGCAAGGGCAAAUUUGAGAGCACUGGCUUCCAGGGCCAUGGCAUCGCCUUCUGCCAUCAACUUUCGCAUAAGAAACCAGAGGAUGUAGGCCAAGCUACUGUUUCAAGGGCCAAGUUCUGCCAUAGUUUAAAUUCUUGUUUAACUGAAUUCCUAUGCCUUGUAUCUCUCUAAACUUUUCCUCCUUGUGCUUGAUCUGUCUGUCAUGAAAAUAGAGAACAAAAGUCCAUGGCUCCAAAGCUCAUGAUUAUAUUGAACCAAAUCACCUGGAUUUGAUUCAACUUCAAUUAAUUUGAUGACUUCAAUUUAUGAAGUUAUAUCAACUCCACUCCCCAUGUUAUUCUUUUAUGUUUGUGAAUCUGAUCUUUGCAAAAAGAAAGGCCGAACCGCCAAAGAUUAGGACAGGGCUCUACAACUGAUGAUAGACUGGCAUUAUCAAUGAAUUAUGCUUCUAUAGCUCUUACUGUUGAA